AUGGCCCGCUUACCGAAAAGAUACCAUAUAUCGCGGAUUCUGAACAAGCUGUCAAGCGAUGGUAUGUUAAUCCAGAAAUGUGCGAGCGGUGUGAGCGUAUCAGCAAUAGAAAGUGACAGAGUCAAGGAAUAUAUAUUGAUGAAGAAAGCUAAAGAGAAGUAGGAAGGGAGAGGCGAGCGCAAAGGUUUUAUACCAUCGCUCGGGUGGCACAGCC